GUUCGAGAUCCGUCUCUCCCCCACUUUAUCAUCGACUGCUGCGACCAAUCGCCAGCGACGGCCGUUCAUCGCGAGACCGCAGGGCCAGCGAGCGCUAUUACGCACGGCAGCAGGCGCGGCUGGCAUUUAUUAUCGAUCCCGGCCACUUCGCCUGCAUACUGCCCUUCUCUCGUCUGCAACCACCGCCGAUCCCGAGACCCUACGGAGUCAAUCCCUUCUUCCCUCUGCUUCAGCCUGUAGAUCGGUUCCAUCUUGGCAAUGGCGAUGAGGGGGAAGAGAGGUCGAGCAGGUGAGGUUCUGGAGUCCAUCUUCUCCGUGGUCCUCUCGGCUCUUGUCCUCCUCGCCUGCGUCGAGCUCGGCGAUGCCGCGGCCGUGGUUGACGUCUACCGCCUCAUCCAGUAUGACCUAUCAGGCGUGCCCUUCGGAUCCCGCCGUGCGGCCCUCAACCACCAUGCCGGAUCCUCGCUGGACGCUUCUGGUGUUGACCUCUCGCGCACCGUCGUUAUCGUGCCCAUUCGCCAGCUCAAUCUUACUUUCCUGCAAAAAUUUUUGACUGAUCAGCAACCUUUGGGGGGUCUAUUGCUUCUGCUUCCUCAAAGUUCAACUAGUGAAAAGGAAGAACACAGUGAAGAAGGUGGUCAGGGUUGCGGGAAUGGCGAGUUGAGAAGAAAAGUGAUGGAGAUGGAACAAAUAUUAAUGCGUGCUAAUAUUCCUUAUCCUGUAUACUUUGCAUUUGAGGAAGAGAAAGUUAAUGCCAUGUUAGCAGAUGUUGAACAUAAUGAUGCUACUGGUCAACCUUCCACCACAACCACUGGCGGAUACAAACUUGUUGUUUCCACUUCUGAACCUAAGCGACUUACAUCUCCUUCUCUCACAAACAUUCAGGGAUGGUUGCUAGGAUCAAGAGGUGAUGGUGAUGUUGUCCAGCUCCCAACUAUCGCUAUUGUUGCAUCAUAUGACACAUUUGGCGCCGCACCAGCACUCUCCGUAGGAAGUGAUAGUAAUGGAAGUGGAGUGAUUGCAUUGCUGGAAAUAGCUAGGCUAUUCUCCCGUCUUUAUUCAAAUGCAAAAACAAGAGGAAGAUUCAAUCUACUCUUUGGAUUAACUUCUGGCGGGCCUUACAAUUACAAUGGAACCAUGAAGUGGCUUAGGAGUUUUGACCAACGUAUACGUGAGAGCAUUGAUUAUGCUAUCUGCUUGAAUAGCAUUGGGUCUUGGAAUAACGAAUUAUGGCUUCAUGUAUCAAAGCCCCCAGAAAACGCGUAUAUAAAGCAACUGCAUGAGAGUUUUGCAAGCGUUGCAGAGGAAUUGGGGAUAAAGAUUGGCAUCAAACAUAAAAAGAUCAAUAUAUCAAAUUCAAGAGUAGCAUGGGAGCAUGAACAAUUUUCAAGACAAAGAAUUACUGCUCUCACUAUUUCUGAACUCACUUCUGCCCCUGAUCUAUUUGAGAAGGCUGGCGGAAUAUAUGAUACUAGACAUUCAGUAAAUGAAGCAGCAGUCAUCAAAGGUGUCAAGUUGGUUGCUGAAAGUCUUGCAAGGCACAUAUAUGGGCAACAACAAUCGAAGGUCCAAAUUUUUGCAGAUGGUAGUAGUUUAGCUGUUAACCCUUCCUACAUACGCUUGUGGCUGGACCUCUUGUCAAGGACACCUCGAGUAGCACCUUUUCUAUCAAAGAAUGAUCCACUUAUAUUAGCACUUGAGAAGGAAUUAUCAGAUCAUGUUACUGAAGUCAACAUGCAGGAUGAAUUGCUUGAUGGGGCUUUUAGUUUUUAUGACUUGAUAAGUGCCAAACUUCACAUAUAUCAGGUGGCAAGCGUGACAUUUGACCUGCUAUUGCUUCUUGCAGUGGGAUCCUACUUGAUUCUCCUUUUCUGUUGUCUCAUUAUCACAACAAGAGGUCUUGAUGAUCUUAUCGGCAUUUUCCGUCGGCCUCCGACACGAAAAGUCAAAUCUGCUUAACUGAUAAUUAUUUGAUUUUUGUGAUCAGUUUCUUUUUCCCCUUGAAAAAUUUUGAUCCUUAAAGAGUGUCUAGUUUAGUGUAAGUUAACAUUUUAGAGGUUGCCAAUUAAUUUGCUUGUAAUAUGCAAAAUUUUUCUUUAUUAUUUCUAUUGAAAUACUAUAAAUUAGUCAGUA